UUUAGGAUUUUUAUAAAUGUUAUAAAGAUAUCAUUAUUUUGUGUAUAAUAUUUUAUCGACGUUAACAUUUUCAUGCAAUAGAAGUCAAGGGAAUAUGCUAACAUUUUCGGGAAUGGCUGUAUUUCACGUACAGUUAUUAGCAGCAUGUUUAUAAUCUCAUACUAUACUUCAGCUUUUUGGUCUGGCUCAAACGACGAAGGUAAAGUAUUGUUUCGAUAAAGAAUUGAAAUUAGUAGAUAAGGUCAUUUUUGUAAAAUGCAAGCAUUAUUUAUAUUGAAAAUCACUGUCAGAUUGUAAUUUAUUAAUUUGUCAGUGUUAAAAGGCAGCUGUCUCAUAAUGUGCCCAAAAAUGCUGCAUUUGAUCCAGUUUUUACAAAUGAAUAAAAAUUGAUAUUUAUAUAAGAGGUUUGUGACACGCUCGUGGGCGUGAUGCCACCGCAGUGAUGUUUUCAUAUUAUCAAUGCUGUGCAUCAAAUGUACUUCGCAGAACUCUGAGUUGAACUCUGUGUCUGCCGAGAAUCUUCUAAAUACACUUACAAUCAUUUUGAAACGCGGCUAACGAGACAUUAAAUAAUACAAAUCUGUUGUUUAUCUGAUAGAAACGACGAUAAUUCAUGAAAUCAUAAAUCAACAAAAAAAAACUGACUAUAGCUGAACGCUUGUUGUCGCGGAAACUGCGCACUUUAGCCCUAAAUGUAAAUAAUUAACAAAACUUGGGAAAUAAUUAGCUUGUCUGCCUUAUCGAGCGACACACAACCUGUUCUGGGAGUGUAUAAGGGUCGGGACGGUGAUCAUUGGACUAAAGCAGAACAAUUUCAUAAUUUUUUUGCGAUUUGAUGUUGCGAAAUCUAGUCUGAAACCAUCUUGGAUUUUAAGCGUCUUAUUUCUAGCUGUUAUGUAGAAGGAAGCGUUAUGAUUGGAAAUACAUCUGAAAGCAGACGGCAUCAGAGAUAGAUUUCGGAUCAGAAUAGAGCUGUCGCCAUUUUGUUGGGACUAUAUUAUACUUCUGCUUUUGUAGAAUCCAAAAACCAAGAUGGCGGGUCCGGGGGAGUCUGACCAAUCGCAGCAAGCAACCACGACGACGUCAUAUCCAUCCCGUCUCUCAUUGGUCAAGCCGAUCUACCUGACGGGGAUCUUGCAGCUGGCUCUGGCCCUGUCUAUCGGCGUGGUGGGAAUGUUUGCCUCGUCCAAGAACUGUGCACUUAGUAUUACUUGGAUUUACUUCUUCAAUUCAAUAUGGUUUAUCGUGUCAAGUUCGAUAGGACUAUCGCCGACGAGAAGAGGCGCCGUGACCUUCGGGAUCAAACAGAUCAAAAGGACGAUGAAAUGGUACAGAAUUAUGUGCGUCGUCGGGCUGGCCAUGAUCUUCAGUUUCAUGACCUUGGAGUUGAUCGGCGUCCUCCGGGAACCGGAAACGGAAGACGGAGAGGCAUGGAACUGCAUGACGAUGCAUCUGAUCAUCUUGGGCGUUGGCUUAGCGGCUCUCCUUGUUACAAUGGCUGGUAUCGCAGCAUCCACGCGGCUCAUCAUCAUCUUUAACAGAAUGCAAAGACAGGGAGUUGGUGACUCUUUCUCUGCUGAAUCCAAUACGGUGUCCGGCAGUCUGGGACAAACCAACUAUGGAAUGAAUCCAGAUAUGUUCAUCUUACCGGAGUACUCCCUUGAUGCGGAUUUGCCGCCGAGCUACACCGACGUCAUAUCCGGCAAAGCUGACGGGCUUGAUCACCCAGCCAGCAGUGAUGUAGAGGGCCCAAACACAAGCAACUCGUAGCAAACAUAAUGUGAACUGUGGGCAACAGGGGGCGCUGUCUAGUCUACCAACGGUCGCUGGUCCACGUCAUCUCAACAUUCUGUCAACGUUCAAGAAUAACUGCAUACCAGCGAAGUGCCUUUCAAAACGUCAGCGGAGUGUCGCAUUAAACGGUCAUGCCCUGAAUGUACAUGUAGUUCCUACAUGAAAAUGUACAUUGUUUUGUAGAUAUGAGUUUGGAAUCACCACGCAAAACGUGUUGCGUUGCCAGGCUAAAUCUUUGACUUUGAGUUGGUGCAAAUCGCAUCAGGUGAAAUUUAUGCCCCAACUUAAUUCACUCGUUGGCUAAUGAUUGUGUUGGAGCUCACUGCCCAAUGAUAGUAUGACGUACAUGCGUGAAGUUGAGGAUCGCAAUGAGAAGUGUUGAUAGGAAUGCGAUAAUAUUCCGAUAUUAUUCCUGUAAUAUAUUGUAAUUGUAAAUCUUUUUCUUUUUUAUGGUCUUCUAGAUUCUUUGUGGUUUUGAUGUUGACCGCAUUGAUGUUUGGCGCGGCUCUCGCGUUUAAAAGAUGCUACGUUUUUCAACUUUCAACCUUUUAAAAGAUAUGUAAUGCUGAGAGGAACCCAAAGCAUACCACACAGAGAUUGUGUAUAGCUUUUAAACGAAUUACGUUUAAGUAUUUUUGUAGACUGGUGCACAUUAUGGAAAUCGUUUUUCAUUUCGAUCUAUUGGUAUUGACCUCAUUGGUGUUUGGCGCCCUCAUUGCGUUUAAGAUGCUUCGUUUUCCAACUCUGUAAUUGUACUCAUCUACAGAAUACAGAAUAGCUAUUUACAGAAAAAAGUCAGUAAUUGUAAGCGUUAGUUUAAGCUUCUUCACAAUGAAUGGAAUGAGGAAGGUCUGAAUAAGUGUCAUGCUUGACCGACUGCUCCAUGACUGCUCGCUUUAAAUCCACACAGUCACACAAAAACUCUUUUUGGGUACGGAAUUUGUUCAAGAAUCCACCCUUCAGCUUUGUGCAACCCGGUAUACUGCAUGUACGAGCUCACUAGUGCUGCGAAUCUGUGAUCGAUGGAUCGUAUAUUUGGUUUAAAUUGACAUUGUUGGUUGUGGAUUUAACAGUUUACACUAGUCAUCCAACACAACAAUUUUCCGAGGUAAAACAUGGAUCCCUGCCCACUGGUGCAGCAUAAUAAGCGCGGUCAUGUUCUGCUUUUUCGAGUCGUAUUUGGAAAAGAACGAAAGUUCGACAAAGAUCGCCGUACGAUAUGGACUCCAUGAGAGGUAUGUUGCAUUAGCCGUAUUUUUCUUGGACAUAAUUGAUAUUAAAAGGACAUUACAGCCUGAUGGAAUAUGCCUAAUUAUUCGGCUACCAAACGCGUUGUAAACGAAAUAUUUUAAAUGGAAAGAACAUUUAAAAAUAUAACGUAAACGUCCACAACCAUCCUUUAAAAACUGGGCCUUUUGUGUUAUUCUUGCGAGAACCAUGCCGAGAACGAAUUUCGGGGUCACAAUCGAGCUGUUCGUUGCUACGGUUGUGGUUCCAGCCGCACAGUGGUCGUCUUCUGCGGACGUGUAAGAAACAACAUUUGUGUAUUGGUACCGUGUGUAAUUUGUGUGACACACACAGCGUGUGUCGUACAUUGAAUGAAAACGACAGGAAAUACGUAUGCGUAGUCCGUCGUGUCCGAUGUACAACCGGGUUUUGUUUUUCGUCUUUUCUCGGGAAUGGUAAGACAUUAGGUUAGUUUCAUUUCAACUACACCUUUUAAAUAGUAUAGUCAACAAUCCAAAACAUUUCAGGCCGUAAUGUCCCUUUAAUAUAAAUAUAGAUUGCGGGCAAUGUGUAAAUACUAAGUUUGUUUUUUAUAUUUUCACAAUUUGUUUUCUUCUUAGUAUCAUCAUCGAACAAAGUCGAAUUGACUUGAAAUCUAAAAUGUUAUAUUAUGUUUCUGUGCUGUAAAGAAACAGCUUGAUGUCGUCUUGUUUUCACGGUGUAUAUAUAGCAAUUAAAGUUUGUAUCAAUUAUGGCCCUUGAAUUUCAUUUUAAAUUAGGGGUCUUAGGAUUUUGUUUAUCAUUAUGAUUUUACGAUCAUUAUGAUUUUACGAUGAAAUUAUUCUUGGAUGACGCCAGUUGUGAAAAGCAAUAUUUAUUAUCUCAUCGAAUAAUAAUUCCAACAUAAUGAUCAUUAUAUCAUACGACCCAAAUUAAUGACACAUUUGACAAUAAUAGUUAUAUCACAUAAGCUCAUGGUACAUUGUACUCGACAUUGUAAAUAAAAGAAAAUGCUGAACAA